AUGCUCCGCGGCCUAUACCAGGAUGGCAAGGAGCGAAUCGCCGAGCUCAACACCAAGGAGGAAGACUCCAAGAAGGCCUUCACUGAGAAGGAGGCGGCUCACGAGAAGAAGCUCGCCUCCAUCAAAGAGAAGUUGGAGACAAAGAAAAUCUCCAACGAGUUCUACGAGAGCGAAGUCAAGGAUGAGAAGCGGAUAUGGACGUACUGGUCAAAAGUGCGCGAGAGGCAGCACAGGCAGUAUCUGUCGGCGUUGAGACUCCAGCACGCCACGAUGAAGAAGGUGCACAACAUGAUUGAGCUCUACGAGAAAGCUCUUUCUUCAAAAGGUAGCACGUCUGACUUGAAAGAGGACUUGCAGAAGGUGAUGGCCACCAUGCACGGUGGCGCACCUGGCCAUUUGGUGCUGAUGCAAGAUGAGCUGAAGGCCACCCAAUAG